AGGUAAACCACUGGAUUUGAACCGUGGUUGUCUGCGCAGUCAGUGCGCCACAAGACUGUUAGUCCGCUGAGCUAAAGCCAAACCAUUAGGCUAUUCAUCAGUGUACCGAACCAUCUCUUCUACACGCGUUUGUGUGUGUGUGUGUGUAUCGUUUCGUUGGGCAGAGAGGCUGUCUGAUUGACCAUAUUGGGUGUGGUAUCUUGCACACACAAACACACACACACAAUCCCUUAUCCGGCGCAGAGGGCAAGCGGCGCGGCUGACGCGUUUUGCGCAUUUCCUGAAGCUCGCGCUCACACUGGGAAACCGCUGCUGGCUGGAGAAACGGGUGAACGCGCACAGGGAGAGAUAUAGGGAGAGAAAGAGAGAGAGAGGAAAACGACAGACAGAUUGAGGGGGACCGAUAGCCUGUCACUGGUUAGCACUUUAAACCGUGGGACCCACCGGAUAAGCAGACAGACAUCCCGGGAAAGAAAAGAACCAGUGCUGUUCAAGACAUAUUCUGUCGGAGCUGUUUACUGAGUCGAGCUGCUUUACAGCCGGCACGAGACACGGUGGAGGGAUCGCGGAUGUCUAGGUCUCCUCCCCCGCCCUGAGCCCAGGACAGCAGCUGCCUUACCGGGUACAGUCUCUGAUCAGAUGAUCAGGACCGGAGCCGUUCUCUGUGAUUCAUCAUCGGGCUUAUCUCCUUUCCUCCCACCACUGAGACCUAUUCUAUAGCGUCGUUAUUCGUUAUUUCUGCUAACUUACAACCCUCUAUCUCUGCCAUCUGCACGGGACGGACUGUAAACAAACAGAGGGCACCGUCUGUCGUCUGGCCCGACCUGGUUUGGCGCAAGCGGGCUCGGUACCUGACUGUGGGGUGUGUUCUAUAGACUAUAUUAAGAGCGAAGAGGGGUGUUUUUACCCAUGUUAACGUUUUAACAUGGCCGUGUGUGUGAGGCAGUGUGUGUAGGCUAUGUGUGUGUAUCUGUGACAGUGUGUUGUAAAUGUCUGACUGUUUGAAUGGAUUCUGGGAUGUAGGAUUACCUAUCUAAUAUGGUGACUAGUUAGAAAGAACAGACUUACAGACAGACGGACCAUCUGCACACACAUACACGCCACCAUGCCAGUGUUCAGUGGGGUGUUGAAGGUGCGUGUGUGUGAGGCAGUGGAUUUGAAGCCCACCCCCUGGGCACUCCGCCAUGCAGGGGGGAAGAACUCAUCCUCAUUCCUCCUGGACCCCUACCUCACCCUCAACCUGGACCAGACCCACCUGGGACAGACCUGCACCAAGAACAGAAGCAACUCACCUGCAUGGAACCAGGACUUUACAGCCCAGAUGACGGACGGACGGAAAUUGGAGAUGUCAGUGUUCCAUGAUGCACCAAUCGGAUAUGACGACUUUGUGGCUAACUGCACCAUACAGCUGGAGGACAUUCUGCAGAACGGCAGCACGCACUACCAGGCCUGGGUUGAUUUAGAACCAGAGGGGAAGGUCUAUGUGAUUAUCGAUCUGUCAGGAUCUUCUACUGAAGCCUCGGCAGCCAAUGAGAAUGAGGAGCGUGUGUUCCGAGAGCGGAUUGGUCCUCGGCGGCGGCAGGGGGCCGUCCGGAGGCGUGUUCACCAGGUUAACGGACACAAGUUCAUGGCUACGUAUCUACGGCAACCGACCUACUGCUCACACUGCCGAGACUUCAUCUGGGGAGUACUGGGAAAGCAGGGUUACCAAUGCCAGGUGUGCACGUGUGUGGUCCACAAGCGCUGCCAUGAGCACAUCAUCACCAAGUGUGCCGGGAUGAAGAAGCAGGAGGAUACACCGGAGGAGGUUGGUGCCCAGAGGUUUAGUGUCAACAUGCCUCAUAAGUUCAGCAACCACAACUACAAGGCCCCUACCUUCUGUGACCACUGUGGAUCUUUACUAUGGGGACUAAUGAGGCAGGGUCUGCAAUGCAAGGUGUGUAAGAUGAAUGUCCACAAGAGGUGUGAGGCCAACGUAGCUCCCAACUGCGGGGUGGAUGCCAAAGGCAUCGCCAAAGUCCUGGCUGAAAUGGGAGUCACCCCUGACAAGAUCUCCACUACCGCACAGCGCAGGAAAAAGUUACCCCCAGGGCUGGACUCCCAGUCACCUUCAGAACUCUCAGACGAGCUUCCCCUCACCUCCCCCUCACAGCAAGAGCUGUCCGAGUUGGAGCGGCUACAACAGGGGACGUCGCUAGAGAUGCAAGGCUCUCCCUCCUCCUCCACCUCCUCCUACGCCUCCUCUACCUCGCGGGAGAACGGAGCAGUGAAGAGGACGCUCAAAGACUUCAGUUUCAUUAAGGUCCUGGGGAAAGGAAGCUUUGGGAAGGUGAUGUUAGCAGAGCUGAAAGGCAGUGAGGAGGUGUUUGCAGUGAAGGUGUUGAAGAAGGAUGUGAUCCAGCAGGAUGACGAUGUGGACUGCACCCUGACAGAGAAGCGAAUCCUGGCCCUGGCACGCACACACCCCUACCUCUGCCAGCUCUACUGCUGCUUCCAGACCCGGGACCGUCUGUUCUUCGUGAUGGAGUACGUGAACGGAGGUGACCUGAUGUUUCAGAUCCAACGCUCCAGGAAGUUUGACGAGGCUCGCUCGCGCUUCUACGCCGCUGAAGUUACCUCUGCACUCAUGUUCCUGCACCGCAACGGGGUCAUUUACAGGGAUCUGAAGUUAGAUAACAUAUUGUUGGAUGCAGAGGGACACUGUAAGCUGGCAGACUUUGGCAUGUGUAAGGAGGGCAUCAUCAAUGGAGUCACCACCACCACAUUCUGUGGCACGCCUGACUACAUAGCCCCUGAGAUCCUGCAGGAGUUGGAGUACGGUCCAUCAGUGGACUGGUGGGCUCUGGGAGUGUUAAUGUAUGAGAUGUUGGCUGGCCAGCCUCCGUUUGAAGCAGACAACGAAGACGAUCUCUUUGAGUCUAUCCUCCAUGACGAUGUCCUCUACCCUGUCUGGCUCAGCAAGGAGGCUGUAUCCAUCCUCAGAGCUUUUAUGACAAAGGCUCCAGCCCAGAGGUUAGGGUGUGUGUUGUCUCAGGGCUGUGACGAGGCCAUUAAGAAACACUCAUUCUUCAAAGACAUCGAUUGGACCCUGCUGGAGCAGAGACGACUCAAACCCCCCUUCAAACCACGCAUUAAGACGAGGCGUGACGUGAAUAACUUUGACCAGGACUUCACCAGAGAAGACCCAGUGUUAACUCCCACAGACGAGGCUGUUAUCAGGCAGAUCAACCAGGAGGACUUUAAAGGCUUCUCUUUCUGUGCAGAGAUACAGACUUGAGAACUCUACGGUUUAGGUGUGUUGUAUAAAGCCUGUGUUUAUUGGUUACAAAGUGUUGUGUCUGUAGAGAAGUCUGAAGCAUGGACCAGUGCUACUGGUUACUAUUAUUAUUACUGUCCACUGUAGUGAGAAAAACUAUACCUUGGGUCAAGUACAUCUGUCAAAUACAUUCGUAAAAUACCUGUGUUGUGCUUUAUUUGGUUUGUCUGGUACAAAGGAACCAAUAGAAUAGUCCCAAAAUUGCAAACUCCAAUGUGAAAGAAACGCACCGCCUGACCCUGAUUAUAUAUAUAUUUUAUCGGUGUGUUUAUUUCUUGGCUGGAUAUGUAUUGUAUUGUUUCUUUUCUUGACUGGCGAUGUAUUUGAUUGGUUAAUAUUGUUUUGUUUGUACAGUUUGUUUCAUUUGCUUAUGCGUCAGCGUCCCACUGGUUCAUUUCAACUACUUUCACCCAAUCAGAGAUGAGUAGUCAUCAAUGUAGUACAGACUACCUCACUCUCACACUCCGUGUGUGUGUGUGCGUGCGUGUCUGUGCGUUUGUGACUUUCGUUCUCAUAGUACCCCCCCCCUACUCCCAGAAGCCAUUUCUCUCAGCCAAAACCACUUUCAGUUCCUGCUGCUUUUCUACUGAUAUUUCCUUUUUAUGUUCUGUUUUGUAAAUUGUCAACAAUAGCUAGUGGAGGGAAUCGCACCCUUCCCUAUAUAGUGCACUACUUUAUGUACACACACACACACAUCCACACACUCUCUAAGAAUAAUUGUGUAUAGUGUACAGUGUUAAAUACAGAGGUGGUUCAUAUAGCAGGCCUGUUAGAGGCGAUGUAGUGAUGCUAUGUGCACCCCGGGGUAAAAUUGUUCCUGGUCACACUAUUUCACUGUGCCAAAUGUAGUGUAACAGCAGGAGGGGUGUCGGUUUGUCUGCCUGCUUAUAAUAAAUACUCAACUGUCAACAUGAAA